AGAUGGAGAUUUAACAAGGAACAGUGGAUUUUCUUCUAUUCAAACUUAAAAACACAUAUAAUCAACACCAAACACAAGAUAUCCUCCUCCCUUUCUCCCCCCACAACUGCUUCUUCCUGCCUUCCUGCACAUAAACACUCUUGCUACCAACUUAUGGCUAUAAAUCUUCUUUCAAAUAACAACUGGAUGAUAAUGAUGAUGAUUCCCAUUUGGGUGUUUUCCUGUUUAGCACUAAUUUUAGUUCCAAUCGACGCUAGCAGAGCAUACCCUCCUCUUUCCUCCAUUGCUGAUCCUGUUCUUCCAACUGAGAAAAAACCUCCAUUUUCUCAAAUACCCACUGACCGUCAAGCUCAUUCUCCAGGGGUGUCAGAAAUUAAAGUAAUUCAGCAUGAGGAUUUGAACAAAAAGAUUCUUGUUGCCCUCAUUAUUGCCUCUACUCUCCUUGCUGGAAUCUUGCUGUUCUUGUUCUGUUUUUGGAUCUUCAAGCAAAAACAUUCACAGCCUCUCAACACAAACAAAAACCCAAAAACCCAAGAUUCUUCAAAAGGGUUGUCAUUAGGCCCAAUUUUGGAUAAAUUUACUCCAAGAAUUACCGGUAGAAAAGGCUCUGUAACUGAUAUUGACUAUGAGUGGUUAAUUUCUGCUACAAACUAUUUUCAUGAAGAUAAUAUCCUCCGUGUGGAAACAUCUGGGAAUGUUUACAAAGCUCGGUUUAACGAUCAUUUCGUUGCGGCUGUAAAAAAACUCCAUGGUCCAGAACCAGAUGCCCAAAAAGGAUUUGAGAAUGAAGUAGAUUGGUUAGGUAAACUCAAGCAUCAAAAUAUUGUAAAUCUUUUGGGUUAUUGUGUUCAUGAUGACACAAGGUUUUUGGUCUAUGAAAUGAUGCAUCAAGGCUCUUUGGACUCACAAUUGCAUGGACCAACUCAUGGAACCGCAUUAACCUGGCAUCGAAGAAUGAAAGUCGCACUUGAUAUUGCUCGAGGAUUAGAGUAUCUUCAUGAACGAUGCAACCCGCCUGUGAUUCAUAGAGAUCUUAAGUCAUCGAACAUUUUGCUAGAUUCCAAUUUCAAUGCUAAAAUUUCGAAUUUUGCACUUGCUACCACUGAGCUCCAUGCGAAGAACAAAGUUAAGCUUUCGGGUACUUCUGGUUAUUUGGCUCCGGAAUACCUAUCCGAAGGUAAACUUACCGAUAAAAGUGAUGUAUAUGCAUUCGGAGUAGUACUUCUUGAGCUUUUAAUCGGUAGAAAACCAGUGGAGAAAAUGUCACCGUCUUUAUUUCAAUCUAUUGUCACAUGGGCAAUGCCGCAGCUAACAGACCGGUCAAAGCUUCCAAACAUCGUUGACCCUGUGAUUAGAGAUACAAUGGACCUGAAGCACUUGUAUCAAGUUGCUGCUGUAGCCGUACUUUGCGUGCAACCCGAACCAAGUUACAGACCGUUGAUUACAGACGUACUACACUCAUUCAUUCCACUCGUACCCAUUGAUCUUGGAGGGUCAUUAAGAGCUUAAGAAUCUUCAAAACAAGGUCUUCUCGAUUCGUGUUUUGUGGCUGUAACGUGUGCUUGUAUGGUUGUACUUUUGGAACCGCGUACAUAAUCUGAAUCUAGGGUGGGAGGAGACUGUUUAUGAGGAGGGUUCAUAAUUAUUUUGGAACAGGAGGUACGAUGUACAUGAGUUCAACAUUUAAUGUAUAAAGAAGAGAGUACAUGGGUUCUUUGUGUUCUUUCUAUUAUGAAUGGGCCAGCAAAACAUCCUCAUUCUGUGAAUUUGCAUUAGUUUGGUUGUUGGAUUGAUGGGUUGAAAGCUACAUGUUAUCAUGUUA